AUGAUAUAUAUAAAGAAUCUUAAUUAUUUUUCUUUCCUCAUAGUUCAGUGUCUUCAACCAACCAUGGCAAUAUUCAAUAACACCACUUCGUCUUCCUCAACUUUCCUCCUCACUGCAUUCCCUGGGCUGGAACGUGCUCAUGUCUGGAUCUCCAUUCCAGUAUGCUGUCUCUACACCAUUGCCCUCUUGGGAAACAGUAUGAUUUUUCUUGUCAUCAUUACUAAGCGGAGACUCCACAAGCCCAUGUAUUAUUUCCUCUCCAUGCUGGCAGCUGUUGAUCUAUGCCUGACCAUUACGACCCUUCCCACUGUGCUUGGUGUUCUCUGGUUUCAUGCACGGGAGAUCAGCUUUAAAGCUUGCUUCAUUCAAAUGUUCUUUGUGCAUGCCUUCUCCUUGCUGGAGUCCUCGGUGCUGGUAACCAUGGCCUUUGACCGCUUCGUGGCUAUCUGUAACCCACUGAACUAUGCUGCUACCCUCACGGACAGGAUGAUCCUGGUGAUAGGGCUGGUCAUCUGCAUUAGACCAGUAAUUUUCUUACUUCCCGUUGUUGUAGCCAUAAACACUGCAUCUUUUCAUGGGGGUCAUGAGCUUUCCCAUCCAUUUUGCUACCACCCAGAAGUGAUCAAAUACACCUAUUCCAAACCUUGGAUCAGCAGUUUUUGGGGAUUGUUUCUUCAGCUAUACCUGAACGGCACUGACGUAUUGUUUAUUCUUUUCUCCUAUGUCCUGAUCCUCCGUACUGUUCUGAGCAUUGUGGCCCGAAAGAAGCAACAAAAAGCUCUUAGCACUUGUGUCUGUCACAUCUGUGCGGUCACUGUUUUCUAUGUGCCAAUGAUCAGCCUCUCUUUGGCACACCGCCUCUUCCAUUCUACCCCAAGGGUGCUCUGUAGCACUUUGGCCAAUAUUUAUCUGCUCUUACCACCUGUGCUGAACCCUAUCAUUUACAGCUUGAAGACCAAGACAAUCCGCCAGGCUAUGUUCCAGCUGCUCCAAUCCAAGGGUUCAUGGGGUCCUAAUGUGAGGGGUCUUAGAGGAAGAUGGGAUUGA